CCUUGACAUUUAGAUGUAACAUGUGCACCAAAUGUGCAACUAUCGCAUGUAUUUAUUUGCUAUUCGUGAAUAGUCAAGUACGCAAAUCGUAAAAUAUGAAGUAUAAAUAAUUGUACAAAAUAAAACUCUGUAUUUUGUUACCGGAGGGAUUUAAUUCGACUGAUUAAUUUUCUAAUUGUUUUCUUAGAAGUAUGAAUGGAUAUUUUAUUGUGCUCGGGAUUGUGUACAUUUCAGUUUCAACUUCCAAAUGUGAAUGCAGGAGGCGUCGUGAUAAAUUACGAGACAAAACUAAAAUAUCUCAAACAAAAGAAGACGGUAUAAAAUAUUCUAGAAAUGUAAUUGAUUUAAUAGAAGAGUUAUGCCUGCCUAGUGACACAAGUAGAUUGUUUUACAGGAUUCAAAAUGAGUCGCACAUAUUUGUCGGUUUCGAUGAUGUUAAGCUUGGAUUAGUGUACUCAAUGUCAUGGAAAAUAAGCAAGGACAAUCCAGAGAAGCUGACAGGGAACAAUCAGGGUGGUUUUCAGGUACUCUCUGCGAUCGAUGUAAGAAAACAAAUGAAAUUAGAGCACUUGCUGGCAGCAGCCGAUCAAAAGGUUCAGGACAAAUUUCGAGUGAAUAUAUCACAAUGUAGUCAGGCCAGGAUCAUAAAAAAAACCUGCGUUAUUCAAUCACUUGCUGGAGUUGCCAGGAAAAUGAAGGAAGUGAAUAUUGGACAAAAUUGUAAAAAUUGACACAAACAAGCAACAUUUGAUGUUUCAAAUUUACUUCACAAAAGGAAAACUUGAAAAUAAAUAGUUCAACAAGAACAAAA